CUCGGUGUAAAACGUCGUUAGAUACCGGUGUUAUUAUUAUUUUGCAUUGCGAGUUCAAGAAUCGUGCCAUACCCACGCCACGUAGAGUUUAUAUACGCACAGUGUUUCUCUGGUUCAGGACGGGUGGAGCGAAAAUUAGAUCGUGAACGAAUCAUCAAAACAUCAUUACUUCUUCCUGAAUUUUUUAAUUUUCUGACAAUUUGAUUUUAUAUUAACGUAAUAAUGCAAUCAAGUUCAAAGAUGAUCAAGGCAAAGCCAAAGAAAGAAAGCGAAAAGAAGUCAUCGGCAGAAGGAUUCUCUACAAAAUCAAGAAUGAAAAAUGCCGUUGUGAAAGCACCUCCAGCAGCUGGAGCAUUUCUCGAAAGACCACUUGCAGAUAAAGGAACAAGUUUCAGGAAAUUCUACGAAAGAGGAGACUUGCCUAUAGCGUUAGAGCACGACACAAAGGGAAAUAAAAUUGCGUGGAAGGUGGAAAUUGAAAAACUUGACUAUCAUCACUACCUGCCAAUGUUCUUUGAUGGUCUCUGUGAAACAGCACAUCCGUACGAGUUCUUCGCAAGGCAAGGAGUUCAUGACAUGUUGGAGCAUGGCGGCAGCAAGAUUCUUCCAGUUGUUCCCCAGCUUAUCAUCCCCAUCAAGAAUGCUUUGAAUCUGAAAAACAAAAUGAUCCUCUGCACAACAUUAAAGGUUCUACAGCAUCUCGUCAGGUGCGGUGAUCAGACGGUCGGGGAAGCCCUGGUUCCGUACUACCGUCAAAUCCUCCCCGUCCUCAAUAUCUUCAAGAACUGUAACCUCAACUCCGGAGACAGCAUCGAUUACGGACAGCAGAGAAGAGAAAACAUUGGCGAUCUCAUCCAAGAAGUUCUCGAAUAUUUUGAGAUGGAGGGUGGCUCGGAUGCAUUUAUCAAUAUCAAGUAUAUGGUUCCGACCUAUGAGUCAUCUGUACUCAACUAAUACCCUGAUAUAAACUCAUAAUCAAAAGAACUGUGAUGCUCUUAUGGACUUGGAUGUCUUGAAGAGGAACUCUGUAAAAUUGUAUAUUGAUUAGAUAUUUAUAUUUUGUUCAUCGCCCAGUGUACAUUACAUCGCCUAUGCCUCCAUCUAUCUUAUUUUCACUUCAUGUUCUCAGAUCGAUAUGUUCCAACAUAUUGUUCCCCUGUCUUUUUCAAGAGGUCUAUAUUUUUAUAAGCAUAAGCACAAAUCUUGAGGUAUAUUUAUUAGAAUUAAAACUUUGCUCAAAGUCUUCUGGUACAAGGGUAGUUCGUAACAUGGUUUAUAAAAAAGAAACAUGUCUUUAUAUUUUGUUUCAAAAGUGGGUUAUGGUAAAUUAUUUGAAUAUAUAAAUGCAGAUACAUCAGGCUUCCGUCCAACCAAUUUACUAUCUUACAGACUAAAACUCUGAAUAUCUGACAAUUCACCAAGAUUUAUUACAUUGUAGAAUUGCGCAACUGUUAGAGAUCUCAGUCUUUUAUGAAACUAGAUACUUUAGGUUGUUCAAAUAUGGGACAAAUGCUUUUAAAUGUACAAUACAUGUAGUACGUCAUUUGAAUCUGAUCUUUUACAUUAUUAUGAUACAUGUAAGAUACCUCUCAGUUUCUAUUUUCCUUUUAAUUAACUUGUCAAUUUACUCCCCAACUACAAUUUAAUGAUAGACAGUCCUAAAUUGUGAUUUCCACAAUACAUGUUGUCGACAUUUCUCCUUAAUGUAUUGCAAAGUCACCCAAAAGAGAAGGUAUUAUGCAAAUUGCCCUCUGUCUUUAUUUGUACAAAUUGUAUGAUAUACGUGUACCUGAAUGUAUUGUAAGGAUUAUGAUACUUUGAUUAUAGGCCUAUGUUUUUCAUCUUGCAUUACCUUCAAGAUUUUUCUUCAUUGUUUGAGUAUAUUUUUUGUGACAAUUUAGAAUGCUAAAAUGCAAGGUGUUUAUAUGGCUUAGUAUAGUAAUCAAUUUUAAUUUUUGUUUUUGAUCCAAACUGAUAUCGACAAAAAUACUUUGAGAGAUCUUGAACAAUAUUUGAAUCUCAUUUGCAAUUGGUGUCAUAAGCAUUGUAUAUGCAUUCAAACUUUGGCUGUGGUUGGUGAAAGUAUUUUGACUUGAGGAUAUUGGAAUUUGUCUGCCAGCAUUUUGAUUUCAUAUUGCAUGUACACAAAUAAUAAUGUCUUGCAGCCAGACAGGGUAAGUCAAAUGCUUUCUCAGUUUUAGAAUUGCCUUAUUUUUGUCAUAUCAGGUAGUACAUAAUGUAGGAAGCAGUAAAAUUUGCAUGUAUUGUAUACAUCAUUUUCAUGUUUACUCGCAGUAUUUCUAUUAUGGGUAGCAAAAUUUCUUCCAUAUAAACAAACAAACAUCGAACAAUUUUUGCCUUAUGUUCAAUUCAAAUGAGCAAAUAAAUUGAUUUUGUCAAUAUAAUUAUAUAUAUCUAUAUAAAUGUAAUAUCAAAGAUGUAUAGUCUGUUUAGUACAUGUAAGGCUAUGCAAGAUGAUUAUAGUACUCCAUCUUUUAUGUGCCAUACUCCGUCCACUCUAAGAACAUUGUCAAGUGAACAAAGUGCUUUAUAUUUUACACAAAUCCAUAUCUAACUUGUUUCUUUUUUAUCAAGAUUUUCUUGACUUAAAUUAUAUAUGAAAAUUUUUAGUCAGAAAAUCAACAAAAACAUUCAUGGCCUUAAAUGGAAUAGUUACAUAUUUGUCGAGUAAUAGUCGAUCAUAGAUAUCCCUUUCUUAUGUUAAGAUAGCAAGAAGGUAUUCAACUUGUGUUUGUGCCAAAUGAUGCUGAAAUUUCACCUUGGCUGAAAAGAAGUGUAUCAUUUUGCUGCAUACAGACAAAGUAGGGUUUACUGGCCAGUCUAGUGUAGUAGGCCAGCAUGCUUUCCUUGUCUUGCCAGCAGUUAGGUGAUUCAAAAAGCUCUUCAUAAGUUACAAGCAACUUUACAAACGAAUGGUGACCCUUCCUUUUGGUACAUGUAAAUGUUAUGUACCAGAUUUUUAUUGGUGUUCAUUUGGAGGAAAAGAAACCGUAAAGUUGCCCGUAAGUUACGAACAGCCUUAUGGAACGCCAAACAGGUACCCCAAUGAUGCAAGACCUUUCAUUUCUUAUCAAGGAACCUCAUUUUAGGUAAAUUGGGACGUCCAGUAGAAAACCCAAUUAUAGUUUUAUUUUGAGUUGACUGAUUUGCCAAUCAGAUGGAUAGAUAUGAAUGAAAAUAAUAUAUUAGUAGCAUUUUCGAUGUCCUCAAAACACACAUGUAACAAUUUCUUUUCUUUAUUGAAAAAUUAAUAGUUAAAAUUUUUCUUUCAACUUUAAGCAUACUUUUACCUCAAUGGAGCAGGUAUUUUGAAAGAUGUAUUGGAUUUUAUUGUAGUAAUAAAGAAUGUUGUAAAUACAUGUACCAACGAAAAAUGAACAAUAAUUAUAUGCAAUGUUGUUUUUGUGACAUCUGUGUUGGAUGAUAUUAUGAUGUAUGAAAUAAAUGUUUGUCAAAA